GAAAAAUACAGGAACAGGUUACCCAGAGAGAUGGUAGAUGCCCUAUCCCUGGAGACAUCCCAGGCCAGGCUGGACGGGGCUCUGAGCAACCUGAUCUAGUUGAAGAUGUCUCUGCUCAUGGCAGGGCGGUUGGACUAGAUGACCUUCAAAGGUUCCCUUCCAACCCAAACUAUUUCAUGAUUCUACGAUUUCUGUUCCUAGAACAACUGGGAUUGCUUUCGACAAGUUUCAGAUAUUUCAAAGUUAAGCAAGUAGGCUAAUCAAAACUAUCAUUCAUAAUUGCAGACAGACAGGAGCUCCAAAGAACAAUCUCUCCCAGCCUGAGGUGGGUGGCUGGGGAUGGGAAUAUUCCUUUUCAUUACUGGCUGGAGAGGCAGCAUGCUUGAGCAGUCCCUGUUAGACACUGAUUAUAAAAGGCUAAGUUUAAGUGUGAUGAAUACUACCCUAAGAUAUUUAUUGAUAUAGGUGUGAUUAAAGGCUCAUCUUUAAAGGAGCAGAGGAGAGCCCCAGUCAUCCCUGACCUGCUUCCGUUCCUCUCCAUGCUCCCAGGGAAGCCCCCAUGGUCUGGGGGACACCCAUCACCAUGUGUCAAGAGUAGAGGGUCCCCACCAUCUCACAGGCUGAGGGGUCACUGCCAGAGACACAAGGGGAAGAGAUUUGAGGAUUUUAUAAAACUUACUAUAGCAUCUUUGAAGGGGACUGUGGGAAUGUACAAAAUUUAUUAUGGGAUGAUUAGGGGAAAACCAAAGGCGAGGAAAUGGAAGGAUCAAAGGAAGGAACAGUUCUGGGAAAAUAAACAGAUAAGAGGAUUAAUGGGGCUGAUUACGUGACAAUAGGCUGCAGGUCAGUGUGCUGCUUAGGCCAUGCCCUGGACAUUUGGUUCUGUCUUCUCAGUAAAUCCUGUCUUAUGUGUGGGUGAGCUCUUUCAACAUGCAUUUGAGUGAAAUUCAAGAUGGACUGGGUGAGUAGGUUAAGAGAUCUGAGUACCGGCAGCUGGAGCAUGGCUGCCAGCUGCAGGGACUCGUAUGUAACUAGGGAUACAGGAUGUGUGGGGGCAUCUACUGUUUGUGUUUCUAUGUCAAUGUUUCACCAGUGGACGAAUGUGAAGAGGAGGAACAGAUGUGGCCUCCAGUUCCUUUUGUAUUUGUGCAAGUGCUCCAUGUUUUCUGUCUGCGAUGAUCUCUUUGAUGAUCGAGUUGGAGGCCUGUAUCUAGUGGAGUGCCUCAGGGGUCAGUACUGGGACCAGUACUAUUCAAUAUAUUUGUCAGCGACUUGGAUGAGGAUUGCACUGUCAGCAAGUUUGCUGAUGACACCAAGCUGGGAGGAGUGGCUGACACGCCAGAAGGCUGUGCUGCCAUCCAGCGAGACCUGGACAGGCUGGAGAGUUGAGCAGGGAAAAAUUUAACGAAAUACAACAAGGGCAAGUGUAGAGCCUUACAUUUGAGCAGGAACAACCCCAGGUGCCAGUAUAAGUUGGGGAAUAACUUGUUAGAGAGCAGCGUAGGGGAAAGGGACCUGAGGGUCCUGGUGGACGACAGGAUGACCAUGAACCAGCACUGUGCCCUUGUGCCCAGGAAGGCCAAUGGCCUCCUGGGGUGUAUUAGAAGGGAGGUGGUUAGUAGGUCGAGAGAGGUUCUCCUUCCCCUCUACUCUGCCCUGGUGAAACUACACCUGGAAUAUUGUGUCCAGUUCUGGACCCCUCAGUUCCAGAAAGACAGGGAACUGCUGGAGAGAGUUCAGCACAGAGCCACGAAGAUUAUUAAGGGAGUGGAGCACCUCCCUUAUGAAGAAAGGCUGAGGGAGAUGGGUCUCUUUAGUUUGGAGAAGAGGAGACUGAGGGGUGACCUUGUUUAUAAAUAUAUAAAGGGUGAGUGUCACAAGGAUGGAGCCAGGCUCUUCUCGGUGACAACCAAUGAUAGGACAAGAGACAAUGGGUAUAAACUGGAACACAGGAGGUUCCAUUUAAAUUUGAGAAGAAACUUCUUCUCAGUGAGGGUGAGAGAACACUGGAACAGGCUGCCCAGGGAGGCUGUGGAAUCUCUUUCUCUGGAGACAUUCAAAACCUGCCCGGACAUAUUCCUGUGUAACCUCAUCUAGGUGUUCUUGCUCUGGCAGGGGGAUUGUACUGGAUGAUCCUUCGAGGUCCCUUCCAAUCCCUGACAUUCUGUGAUUCUGUGAUCUCAUGGUUCUCUGGGCCUGGGGGACAGACAUGCAGCAGCUGCCAGUUCAGCACUGCUGACAAAACAUCCCUGCUGCUGAAAUCAGACAUUAAUUGGUAAUGCUCCGCAGGGCCCACAAGUAUGCAGAUGGACACCUAGCAAGAUCUAAGGUCUUUGAGAAGGUAUCUUUCCUCUUAUGGACAUAAAAAAUGUCACCCAGUAGACACUGUCUCACCCUCAUUAGACAAUUUCUCAAAAAAAAGAAAAAAAUCAGAGAAAAAAUAAGUCUUGUAUUAGAUUCCUCUUCUCCAUGAAUCACAGAAUGAUUGGGUUUGGUUGGACCUCUGGAGCUCAUCUGGUACAACCUUGCUCAAGGAAAGCCACCUAAAGCAGUUUGCCCAGACUCUAGGUGGCCUUUGGAGAUACUGCUUUUGCAUAUAUUCAAAGAGAAAGACUCCAUCCCCUCACUGGGCAACCUGUGUCAGUGCUUGGUUACCCUUACAGUAAAAAGUGUUUCCUGAUGUUCAGAGGGAACCUCCUGUGUUUCAAUUUGUGUCCAUUGCCUCUGGUCCUGUCAGGACAAGGCAACUGCAUUGUAUUUAUACAUACAAUUGUAUUGUAUAGAUGCAAUGAGAUAUUUCAACACACUUUUUUCUGACGCUUUUUAAAAACGCCUAGUAGCAGAGCUACUCUAAUGGGGCACUCCAGUGUGGAUCUAGAAUCUAAGCAAAUUUAAUCUGAACUCUAUCAAAGUCUAAAACGUAUUAUGGCAUUCUUAGUCUUGCAAGACAAACACUGGUGCCACACCUUGCUGUGGAGGUGGCAAACAAGACUUUGCUGACCAGGUAGAACUAGAGUCAAAAUGAUUAAUUACAGUGCUUCAGGAAAAGGAAAUGAGUAGGUCUGAUGGUUGUCUGAUAUUGCCAAGGUCAGGGAAGCAGAUUCAAGUCUUCUAACUUGAAUAUUUCUAUUGAAUUUAGGAGGAAAUAUUUCAGUGCUGCUUAUUUGUUCCUUGUUACUCACCUCAUUAUAUUCUUGUUUUCUAAUUCUGGUUUUCCUUCACAUUUCGAGUGUAGCUUUUUGAGUGGUCUCACAACUGCAAGACUUAAUCAGUCCAUGAUCUCAGCUGUAACAAUAGAAGCCCAAAAGAUGCAUGAAUAGGUUGGCUCACAAUUUCUAGAUUUUUAGCUCCCUAAGGAAGUUUCUAACCGCCUCUGAGUCUGGAUUGUUUUCUUCAGUUGUCUCUUCUGCUGACUCUCCCCUACAUUAUCUGUGCCCUCCAUAGCACUGCCAUUGUGGUUAACUGCACUAGAUCAUGUUAUUUUAAAUGGGAUCAUCUCUGCCAGCUCUGAUCUUUCCAACUUUUUUUUUUUUUUCAGAUGAUAUAGUUCUCACGGUAAAGUUGGCUUGUCCUAAACCUUUCGUGAUUGUUUUGUAGGUCCCAAAUACUUAUCUGACUACUUCUUCCUUGAUUUUGGUGAUUUCUGAUUAGUUUGGACUCUUUCCUUACUUCACUAACUGUGCACACAGAUGACCAAACUAAUUGUUCAGUAUGAAGUCUUGGUUCUGUAGCAGACAUAGAGCUCAACUGACACUAGUAGUAUCUGUCUUAGUAUGAUUUAGCUGGUUUAGGGUUGGAUGUUGGUAUCUUUUUUUCUUGUUUUGAAAAUCUACAGUACUAUUGACAAGUCAGCCUCACCAUUUGAGUAAAAGCAGCAUUUUUAACUGAAGGUCAUUGACCUGUGUUUGAUAUCCUGUGCUCUUCUGAGGUACCGUUUGAUACCUGGACCUGAGCUGUUAUGUUAAUUGUCUGUGAUACAUUCAGUUCAAGCAUUUCAGUUAUGGUUUUCUCAGUCUUCUAAAUGUACCAGAUUUUUCCAUGCUAUAGCAAAUUUCUAGCCUGUUUGCAUGAAAAAUUGGAUGAAGACAAAAGUCUCUUCACAAGAAACAGACUUAUGCAGCUCCUUCUCCUCUAGAAUUCCAAUCACAAAAAUUACUUUUACUUCAAUGCUUUACUUAUAAUGGUCUCAAUUGUUGCAGUUUUCUACAUCUUGCCUUGGAGGGCAUUUUUCCUACAUCUGAGUGUAUCUGUUUGCCUUUUGUUUGCCAACGACUCUGUAAUGCAUCCGUUAGACACAAUCCAGGAGGUCCAACAGGGAAGGUCCAACACUAUCCCAGGAAAAAAAACAGUUUAGUCUGCUUGUUCUUUUUCUUCCCAUUUAUUGGUUUUCUUUGUUUCAUACACUCACCCUCCCUGGAAGGGAAAAAUGCCCUUUGAUAUUGUUCCCGGCAUAAUUACAUACAUAUUAUCACAAUAGGUAGGGCUGUGGUAGUAAGCCAAAAAGCUAUUGUGUAAUGAUUUGGGCACCCAGAACUAAAAGACCCAUGAAAGUUUACCACCUCAGUAAAACACACAAAGGUAAUGUACAUCCUGGCAAAAAAGAACAAAAUUAAAAUUAAUCCAUCUAACUACAGUUUGCAGGAAGUUGUUCCUAGUAAAAUGUUGAUUUGGGCUUAAGGAAAUCUGGUCAAAAAAACCUCUUUCUUAGUGACAGAAGCAGCAGAUUUUGGGGUUCACAAGUGCUGAAGGCAACUCAGAACUGCAAAGAUGCAUCUUUCAGCUGACGUCAUUAUUCCAGAGAAAAUAGUUAAAAGCUACCAAGGUGCAGACUUUGUUUCCAGAGGAUUCCCUGGUAGCCUCUGAACUGCCAUCUGAUCUUCAGCCAUCCCAUUCAUGUUUGCUCCCUGCCAACAAGACAACAGUUCUUGCAGGUUCACAAGCAGUAGCUUUCUCACAGGAUGUGUUAGUAUUGGUGCCAUGUGUCCAACUGGGGGUCUGUGAACCUAUGGCAAUUCCAUUGUGUCCCAAAUGGUCCAGAGCCCCAGGGCAUAUGCAGACUGAUUUUGCAUAUAGGUGCAGAGACAUUGAUCUUUCUUGCUGCCUGUUUCAGGGCAAGUUUUACAUCUGCACAACUUGUGUGAUGCCAUCCAGAUUUAGAGGCAAAGGACUUCAAGAUGGUAAGGCUGGCUCUGCAAGGCAUCCCAGGGCCUCUCUGCCAUCAGUGAAGUCCUGCCUGAGACACAGUAGAGCAGGUUCCCAGCCCAGGCAACAGCUCAGAUACAGGGAUGAAGAAUGUGAUUUGAUUUUCCUGUAUUCAGGGAAAAGGUACUUGCCAUGGAAGUGGUCCUCCUUCCCUUCUCUUAAUUGAUGAUGCCAUGUCUGAGACUGUGCAAGUCACUGAGAUGUAACUCGGGCACUGCCCCAGUCUGUGAUUUGUCACACUGAAUUGCUCUUCUACAAUAGAAUAAUUAGGACUGAUUCAGCACCUGACAUACUGAGCCAUAUCACAAUGGCCUUUGGACUUCAAUGUGGUUUGAACUAUAUUGUUGUGCUCCUAACACUGCCCAGCACAGCACUCUGUUUCGUAAACAGAGUGACUGAUCAUUCUCUUUGAGUAGAAUCAACAGCAUUUCUAUAAAGGAACUGUUUAACAUUGGGUGACGUUAAGCCACAAGCUUGUGCAAACUUUAAGACAUCUGGCUUGGAGAGGUGCCUUUGGCUUUUUCAUCUCGGGAUUAAAAUGUACUUGGCUCAUUAAGAGAAAAUUCCUAAUGAAUUCUUAAACUUCAUGGAAAUAUCUGGCAGUCAGAUUAAUAUUGCUGCACGGUGACAUAAUUUAUACCUUUGUCACUCCAGUCCUUGCAUGAAAAGUGACAUCUUCCAAGGAAAUAGCUUGUUUCAAGACAACUUGCUGGAUUUGCAGAAAUAUUUUUAUUUUGUUGCUUAAAAAUAGAUUAGAAACACAUGAAGAGAUUAAGAUAUGCAUAACAGCACAGAAUGGACACAGAAGUACUUCCUGCAAGAAUGACAACUGUACUUUGUAGUGCCACCUGCUAUUGAGAAAACAAUUACAAACAUCAUUGUGACAAAUUAAAACAGGAAACAAUUCUUAGAAUUAUGAAGUACCACUUUUGAUGUUUGUAAUAUUAAAAUUACAGAACUACCAAUCAAAGUUCCCUUUUCUACAGUAAUUCUGUAUUGAGAGACUUUGAUUCAGGGAAGCCCCACUAUGAUUCACCCUGUGAAUUUAUUUUUUCGUUGUUUAGUCAGAGGUGUGCGUGGAAGAGUCACCAUAGGGAAAGAAGGAUGAAAGCCAUUAGAAUAUUUUAAAAUAUUAUCAGAUAUAACUAAGAGAAAAGGGAAAUAGCCUGAAGAGUCAAAUGCAAGCCCUAGGUAAGUGAGGUGCAAAGUAAAUGGAAAUCCCUAGGACAGAAAGUUGUUCGAGGCUGGGAAACUCUUCUGGAGAAAUACUUCUCUUAUGCUUCUGUCUAAAUGUCCUUUUCAGUCAAUUCUGGAAAGAGGAAACAUGCUGGAUAGAUGCCUGGCACUGCUUAUACUCCUCUGCAGACCUAAUGAACGAGGAAUGGUGAAUACAGCACCUAGAAAAGGGACACUUUGAGGUCUCUUGCCUCAGCACAAACAACAACAGUGCAGCUUUGCUGAGGAGAAAGUGUGCAAAUAAAGCAGGAUUAUUGCUAAUAGAGGGAGACACAAACUCGUACUGCCUGGGUGUAUGAUGGAAAAACCCUCGAAAACGCUGGCCCUUUCUUAACUACACAGUCAAUCUGCUCUUCCUUAGGCACCCACUUUGGCCUUAGCAGUGACUUAGUAGAUGGGCCCAAGACCUGGCAGUGUGAUUUGAGGUGACCAAAGUGUAUUGAUGCCUGUGGUCCAGGCAACAGCUGUCUCUGAAGAACAGUUAGGGGGUAGGUAAGGGUAAAGUUGAUCUCUCUCCAUUGGUUAAACAGAGCCAGGGCCAACAUGUCUCUGAUGACCCCAGAUCCCACAGUGUCACCAGAUGCUGGCUUGGGCCCUCGAUCCCUGCAGUAGACAGUCCACAGAACCCUGGUCUCUCCAGUAUCCUUCCCCGGCUUAUGGAUGCAUUGCUCUCAACCUGUCAUCCUACUCAUUGGCUAAUCCAGCUGGAUCUUCAUUAGCACUUGCAGUUACACAUAUGUACCAAACUGACACACAUACACCCUGGUGUCUCCAGUCACAGUACCACAGACACAUGGAUCUUCAGCCCCUGAUCCGACCCCAAGGGCUGUCACUGAGACACCAACACACUUCUGCACACAGGACAGAGGCCUGGUCCACGAAAAUGGCUAGAAAUGGGGUUUGGUGAGAGGCCAUAACAGACUGUGCUGUUCAGGUGCAGGUGCAAUGCAACAAUCCCACAACCAAAAUGAGGGACUGUGUAGACACCAGUUGGCACUCAGUGAUAAUUCUCAUGUAUUUUGAGAUGUUUCCAUUUCAUUUUGGCAUAUUUGUGUUUCUUUCCGUUGGGUUUUGAGAUUUUUGUCUGAAGACAAGUUCUUGUGGCUAGCUGCCACACCAUGGGAAGAACAGAUGACUGAAACCUCUUCUUCCCUCAUUCAAGGGAGAUGUGCUGAAGGGCACGCAGUAGGAAGCAAGUGCAGACAUUGAAAUGAGACAUGACUUUGUAGCCCAAAACCAUGGAAAUUCCCAAGACAGAGGUCUCCGAAGAGGCUCUGUACCUCCAACAAGGACAGUAAUACCAAAACCAUUCUGAAAGAAGUCCAGCCUGUACCUGACAGCUUCCAGAGUUAGCACACCUGCAGCCUCUUCAGGCCUUCUACUCUGGUGCUCAGCUGUCCUUGUUGUUAGAAAUAUAUUCCUCAGUUUAGGAGUCUACACUGUAGGUUCUCAUAUGUGUCCUGGGUGUUUAAACUUCUGUUAUUGUUGAUUGAGACCUAGCCAAUACACUCAAUGAAGUAUAGAGAGCAAUUGAUCUUAUCUUAAAGUCCAUGUCAUAUGGUCAGUUGAAUCAGUCUCUAAAAUCCAUUGUCUGAAAUGGGAGCUUAGACAUCAAGAUAACUUGUGGAUAUCUACAUGACAAAACGCUUAGGAAAUGACCUCAAGUUGCACCAAAGGAGGUUUAGACUGGUUAUUAGCAAAAAUUUCUUCGUGGAAAGGUUUGUCAGGCACUGGAACAGGCUGCCCAGGGAAGUGGCAGAAUCACCAUCCCUGAAGGCGUUUAAAAGAUGCAUAGGUGAGGUUCUUAAGAACAUGGUUUAGAUGUGGACUUGGCAGUGUCAGGUUAACGGUUGGACUAAAUGAUCUUAAAGACCUUUUCCAACCCAAAUUAUUCUAUGAGACACCCACCUGGGGCUGGCUGCCACGACACAGAAGCUACAUCUGGAGGUCAAGUGGAAUUCCUUGGAGCAUCUCAAAUAGCACUCUGGCAACUGAAUCCCAAACUUCCUGUCUAAACUCAAUCACUGUUGUUUAAAACCAUGCUAGAGUUGUGGAGAACAGUCACUGCUUCCCUUUUAGGAAAACCUUUCAUAUAUUUAACAGCAUUUAUCAUUACUCCCCUCAGUCUUCCUGCAAUGAAAUAGUAAAACCAGAGUCACAAAAUGGUUACUUCAAUCUUCCUUUUCCAGACUCACAAAAAUUCCUGUUGGGCUCCAUGGAACCUUUCCAACCAGAGCUCAGCAAUCUGCCUGACUCCAAACACACUGUUGCAGCUGAGACCUUUUCCAUGCUGGCAAGAGCAUGAACAUUAUUUUACUUACCAUACAUAUGGGAACCCAGUUUAUGCAUUCCAGUAACAUGAGUGAUUUUUGUUAAUAUCAGUCAAAAAUUUUGAAUAAUUUCAGCACUCAGUUUUGCUACCAUCGCAAGUUUGUUUUAGACAGAAGUUUUAGUUAUUUUAUGAAAGCCCUGGAGUCAUGGUGUUGAUUAUUCCUAGAUAAGAUCGGUUCUUUGUACUGUCUUUUUUAUUUCAUUAUUACAUAUUAUGACAUAAUAUAUUACAUAGCAUAAUGUUAUUCAUUAUAAUACAAUGUUCUAUCAUGUUACUGUUAUAUAGUAUCUCCUAUUAUUUCUCCACUUUGUUAAGACCUUGUCCCAUAAGUAGUCUAAAUCUAUGAUUAAAAAACAAAAACAUACAAAAUGUAGCUCCACGUUCUACCUGAACAGCAUUUCUUUAUUCAUUAAACACUAUGAAACUGACCAAAAGGGAGGGUUCAGGCAAAAUAAGGACAGUAAGAUUAGUUAAACACAUUGCGUCACCACCUGAUGACGAAACUGUUAUGCAUCGUUUUUACUAAUCAGAGGAUAUUAUACAGCAUGAGUCAGGCUGACACUGAUUUAUAAAUUAGCUAUAUAAACAGAGCUGAGAAGUGUGUUCAAUACCUCGAGAGUGAAACUGAGGCAGACAACCUUAGACAAGGAUGAAAAACUUCUUUCUUCUCCCUCUGCUAUAUGUGACCAUCUCCUCUGCUUUUCCUGUGGCUCCAGAAGAAGAUGAAAGAAAAACCCUACAGAUUGUAGAGAGUUAUCUACAGAAUUUCUAUGAUCUUCAAAAGGAUCAUAAGCCUCAUUUAAGAAACAAGUCUGCAAACCUCCUUGCUGAAAAGCUCAAGGAAAUGCAGGAAUUCUUUGGACUGCAAGUGACUGGGAAACCUGAUCUUGACACUUUGGAGAUGAUGAAAAAACCCAGAUGUGGUGUACCUGAUAUAGGGCAAUAUGUUUUCACACCAGGGAAUCCCAAAUGGAAAAGAAAUGAUCUGACAUACAGGAUUUUGAAUUACACCCCAAAGAUGAGACAAGCUGAUGUAGAUGAAGCAAUCCGAAAAGCUCUCAGUGUCUGGAGCAAUGUGACACCAUUGACAUUUCGAAAGGUUGAGGACAAAGAAGCAGAUAUAGUGAUCUCUUUUGCUUAUAGAGACCAUCGUGACAACUCUCCUUUUGAUGGCCCCAAUGGGCAGCUGGCUCAUGCUUUUCAGCCUGGUGAAGGUAUUGGUGGAGAUGUACAUCUUGAUGAGGAGGAAGCCUGGACCAAAGAUGGGAGAGGAUACAACUUGUUCAUUGUCAUUGCCCAUGAGCUUGGCCACUCACUGGGUCUGUCUCAUUCAAAUGAUCCUGGAGCUCUGAUGUAUCCAACUUACUCCUACACAGACCCCAAUGAAUUCCUUCUUCCUCAGGAUGACAUUGACGGCAUUCAAGCCAUCUAUGGACAGUCUAACGCUGCUGUGCAGCCAACGGGACCCACAACUCCACAAGCUUGCGACCCAAAUUUGACAUUUGAUGCUAUUACCACUCUGCGUGGAGAAAUGAUAUUCUUCAAGGGCAGAUACAUGCUGCGCAAACAUCCUGCAAGGACAGAGACAGAGCUCAAUUUUAUCUCACUGUUCUGGCCAAAGUUACCAUCAGGAAUUCAAGCUGCUUAUGAAAAUGUUGAGACAGAUGAAGUUUUACUUUUUAAAGAGGAUAAAUACUGGGUUCUCAGGGGUUAUGACAUUGCACCUGGUUAUCCUAAACCAAUCUAUCGUUUGGGGUUCCCGAAGACUGUUAAAAGAGUUAAUGCAGCUUACAGUGACGAAACCACAAGAAAAACAUACUUCUUUAUAGCUGACAGAUACUGGAGGUAUGACGAAAACAAAAAGUCCAUGGAUCAUGGUUAUCCAAGGAAAAUAAUCUCUGACUUCGGAAAAAUUGGCAGAGUUGAUGCUGCUUUCCAGAAAGAUGGUUAUGUCUACUUCUUCCAUGGUACAACUCAGUUCCAGUUUGAUCCUCAUGCCAAACGGAUUGUCAGACGGAUGAAGAGCAUCAGCUGGUUUAAUUGUUAAUUGCAAUGCUUUGCCAUAUAUACACUGCAUUUUUUUAUGUGCUGAAUUUUUCAACAUUUCAGAACUAUCAGGUCACAAUGGAUUUCUGCCCAAAUUCUAUGGGAGUAUAGUUUUAAUAAUUAAUUAUUGUGAAACAAAUACAUUUGUAUAGUUUAUCAGAAUUUCACCUGCUACGUUGAAGUUUCCUAAUAAAUUAUGGUUAUCAUA